AUGCGCUCCAGGAGAGCCAACAUAUUUCUCCUUCUCAUUUGUGUUUGUGUUGUCUACUACUGGACGCGGUCAAAAUCAAAAUCCGCGUCAAGCAACGCACCGACACCACACUUCGAUCCCCAGGUAGCGUUGCAGGAUGCGCGCCGGCAGAAGUUCCGGACAUCGGGGCAUGUAUAUCGUUCCGAUGGAUUACUUGAGGUCAACCCGAAUGGUACCCAUCCGAUCUUCGACCUAAUAACAAAAGCGGAGGCGGCCUGGCAGAAGAAAUUAAGAAAAGCAAGUGCGACAUUUCAAGAAGCAGUCGAGGAAUACGUCCAUCGCUACCAUCGACCUCCGCCAAAGGGAUUUGAUAAAUGGUGGGAGUAUGUACAGGAAAACAAGGUGCAGCUACCUGAUGAAUACGAUGUCAUCAAUGAGCGCCUCGAACCGUUCUGGGGAAUUCGCCCUCUGGACCUCCGGCGCAUCAUGUCUGACUGGGAGGAUCACAGCGAUGUUCCAGUUAUGGUCUUCGGUAAAGCCACCGGCAAACCAAUCAGGAUAUUGAAGAAUGGAAUGCCAGAAGCACAGGCCGACAUGUUCGCUGAAGCGCUCCGAGAGCGUCUCAACAUAAUGCUGGACAUCGAAGAUGAUCUUCCGGAGUUUCGAGCUAUCAUCUCACCCGGUGAUACACCAAAUCUGCUUGGAGAUUGGGAGCUACUUGCAGAAGCACGGGAGGCAGCAAGAAAGGGAACUUUCAUCGAUAUUGAUGGACCACCACCGUUGAAGCACGGUUGGUUGGCUGCAUGUGAACCAUCCACCCCGGCCCAUAGGCGUCCUUUUGAUUUUUAUGCACCUGUUCCAGCGGAAAUCCUGCAAAGGAAGAAGAAAACAUUCGUACGCGAUCACAAAGCAACAAUGAAUCCAUGCAAUCACCCUUCGCACUUCUUCCUCGGCGGCCAAUUUCUAUCCCAUUACGAAGGACCUUCACCGCACCGUGUGUUGGUCCCGCAAUUCUCGUCCUCAACUACACUCAUACACUACGACUUGCUACCGAUCCCUCCAUCAGGUUGGGGAGAAGAGCGGCGCGAUGUCCCUUGGGAACACAAGUACGACGAGCGUCUGCUCUGGCGUGGAGUGAAUACCGGUAUGAUGUGCACGCCGCACACUCACUGGCGGCAAUCGCAGCGCUUUAGGCUCGUAGAAAUGGCGAACUCGGUGGAAGGAGAGAUCGUUGUUUUGCCUCCUCCGAGGGAAGGUGAGCAGCUGAAACCUAUCGGAGAAGGGGUGAAGUGGCCGAAAGCACGGAUCAAUCCCGCGAUCAUGGAUAUCUCAUUCGCUGGUACUCCUGUGCAGUGCGAAGAACCUACAUGCGAGGAACUCAGAAAUCAUUUUGAUUGGAGAAAGCGGAUGGACACUCAGGAAUCAAGCAGGUAUAAAUACGUGAUUGAUGUUGAUGGUAAUGGAUGGUCAUCACGCUUCAAGCGUCUCAUGGCCAGCAACUCUCUGAUUUUCAAAGCGACUGUAUAUCCGGAAUGGUUCGCUGACCGCAUACAACCAUGGGUACACUAUGUCCCAAUCAACUUUGAUUACUCAGACCUACACGACGCAUUCAUCUUCUUCAGAGGCGAUAUCUCGGGCGAAGGCAACCAUGACGACCUAGCUAAGAGGAUCGCACUCGCUGGGAGCAAAUGGGCGAGCACUUUCUGGCGCCAGGAAGAUGCUACCGCGUAUAUGUAUAGGUUAUUAUUGGAAUAUGCGAGAGUUAUUAGCCUCGAUCGAGAUGCAAUGUCGAUGAAUCUUGCGGAAUACGGAAUUUAG